AUGGCAACAAUCACCCAGACAGAGAUCAAGGCGUCUCCGACUGUCAAGACGCGAGGACCAUGCAUACCAGAAAAAUACAUCCCUGGUCUGGAUUCAGAAUGGCGGGAAAUGUGGUCAAAGUAUGGAUCAGAUAUUACCGGCGCUCAUUUGGUGACCGUCGAGGAGAUUCGCCAAAAUCCGGCAAAGUACAGCUUCACCUACCCAACCUGGACAGUUCACCAAGUCCCCGUUUCAGAUCCUGAUGGCUCCAUUGCCUGUCGAGUGUAUACCCCGGCCGGACGCGGGCCCUUUCCUGUGCACAUAAACUUCCACGGAGGGGGUUGGGUGCUUGGAGGUCUUCAAUCCGAGCAAGCCUGGUGUCGCAGUAUAUGCAAUGAGUCUUCCAUCAUUGUCAUCGAUGUAGACUAUCGUCUUGCCCCGAAGUUCCCGUUCCCCGUGGCACUCUACGACUGCUGGGCAGCAGUGCGAUGGGCCCACGCCAAUGCCAACCUCCUCAACCUCGACGCCAACUCCAUAUCCAUCGGUGGCCUCUCUUCAGGCGGAUUGAUCACUGCUGUCCUGGCCAACUUCGCGCGCGACUGCUCCCCUCCUCUCGAUCUGAAACUGCAGCUGAUGGUCGUUCCCGCUACGGACAUGCGAUACGUGCCGGUUUCAAUCGACCAAGCCGAGCCAUUAACGGCAGAGACCUGCGCAUACCCUAGCGCGAUUUUCUUUUCUGAUCUUCCUUGGUCUCCUCUUGCGCGUGAAUCCUGGUUUCUGAACUACUAUAUUGGUACGGACCCGGCUGUACGGGCUCGCACUCUCUCAGACUGGCGCAUGACGCCUGUGCUUUCGCCUUGUUUGAAGGGCUUGGCUCCUGCGCAUAUCAUCACGGCUGAGUUCGAUGUCGAGCGUGAUGAAGGGAUAUACUAUGGAGAAAUGUUGCGGGAUGCCGGGAACCAAGUGACGAUGAAGACGUACGCGGGUGUGCCUCAUGCGUUUGCGCAUUAUAACCAUCCGCUCCGAGGGUUGAGCAAGAGUCGCGAGUAUAUCAAGGACACGGCCAUGCUGCUGGCACAAGUGCAUGGUGUAUCAAGACAAUAA